UUUUGGCACCUGGCAGUAAAAUGUCAAUGAUAAACGUACAGAAUAACGAGAGGGAGUUUGAACUGCCUGAGUCAACCAAGCGGUUGAAACCUGAAAAAUGUGUUCUACAAGAUAUAACAAAUGGCUUAACUGAGGGACUGAGUGAACAGGAGGAACAGAUCAGUGGGACUGAAACCAACUCCUCAUCAACUGUCACUCAGACACAGCAGCUCAAGACCAAUGGCUGCGCCUCCAAGGAGCCCACCAACGAGCUAGAUGCAGAUAGGCACAGUCCAAAAGGCAUCAAGGGCUCAUCAGAAAAAAAAUCAAAUGUGAUGAGGCCGUUGCUCUGCAGCCCAACCACGAGCAAAAUGCAACAAGCCCAGUCCAAAAGGCAUCAAGGCUCAGAACAAAAAAUCAAAUGUGAUGAGGCCGUUGCUCUGCAGCCCAACCACGAGCAAGAUGCAACAAGGCCCAGUCCAAAAGGCAUCAAGGACUCAGAACAAAAAAUCAAAUGUGAUGAGGCCGUUGCUCUGCAGCCCAACCACGAGCAAGAUGAGACCUCCAACUCUACUGAGACAAAUAAAGAGAGGGAGUUAAAACUGCCCAAGUCAACCAAGCAGUUGAAACAAGAACAAUAUGUUCCAAACAUAACAAAUGGCUUAACUGAGGGACCGAGUGAACAGGAGGACCAGUUCAGUAGGACUGAAGCCAGCUCCUCAUCAACUGUCACUCAGACACACAAGACCAGUGCUGCCCACUAAGGAUCAGUCACUGGCCAGCAUAAAAAGGCCUAGUCAAGAAGGAUCGAGGGCUCCCGAAAAAGAUCAAGCAUGAUGAGGCCGUCUCUCUACAGCCCGAUCACGAGCAAGUUAAGACCUCCAGCUCUGCUGACACAGUGAGUUCUUGCUUAUUUUCCAUUUCUUCUUCAUC